AUGCCGAACAACAACCAAGAUGCUUCUAUGCCACCAUCCUCCUCCGAUAUUAGCAACAAUACCUCCACAACUCUUCCAUCAUCAUCAUCUUUAGUUGAUUUGAUAGAAGGAAAAUAUUACCCAAGUGGUACUCAUCACAAUAUUUCGAACAUUAAGAGUAUUCCAAGCGGCUAUCAAUGCAUCGAUGAAGGAUCAGCCACGGUUCUCUAUGCCAAUGAUACCGAAGCUUUCUAUAACAAGGUUCAAGUAUUCAAUAGAGAUGUUUCUACACUAGUGAUUAAAAUGUUCAAUGAAACAAGAAAAGAAGAAAAAUCAAAGCCUCCAACGGGACGAAGAAAAAAGAAAGAGGUGUCAUCUUCCACUGAAAUGGAUACAUCUUCCGACAACGUAAAGCCAUAUGAAGGAUUGAAAAUUUUAGAAGCCUUAUCUGCAACUGGUUUGAGGUCCAUUCGUUAUUGGCAUGAAAUUCCAGAUGUUAAACAAAUUAUUGCAAACGACUUGUUACCUGAAGCAGUUCAGGUCAUCAAGAGAAAUGUUGAGUUUAAUGAUAUUUCUGAAAAUUGUGUUACAGCCAAUCAAGGAGACGCCAUCGCAUAUAUGGCAUCAAACUCUGGUAAAGCUUUUGAUGUUGUUGAUUUGGACCCAUAUGGAUCAGCAGCACCAUUUAUUGAUGGUGCUGUCCAAUGUGUGGAUGGAAAUGGUGGACUAUUGUGUAUCACUUGUACUGACAUGGCAGUAUUAUGUGGUCAACAACCAGGAACCUGUUUUGCAAAAUAUGGUGCUUAUCCACAAAAAUUGAAAGCAUGUCACGAACAAGGUUUGAGAAUGUUAAUUUCAUCCAUUCAAACUAGUGCAUCUAGAUAUAAGAGAUAUGUAGUCCCUCUUCUCUCAUUGAGCGUUGAUUUCUACGUUAGAGUAUUUUUGAGAGUUUACACUUCACCAGAAAAAGUGAAGAAUAUUUAUAAGGAAAUGGGAAAUGUUUAUGUUUGUUCUGGCUGUGAAGCAUUCUUUACAGAAACAUUUGGUGGAGGGUCCAGUGCCAACAGCAAGCAAUUCCAUGAACAUGGUACGAAAGCAACAAUUCCAAAGGAAACCUGUCCAGAAUGCGGAUGGCGACUUAAACUAUCAGGUCCCAUGUGGUUAGGUCCAUUGCAUGACACUGAGUUCAUUGCCAAGUGUUUAGAUCAUGUUCAAAAAAAUUCUCAAUUAUUUAGUACCCAUAAGAGAAUUAUUGGAUUGUUAACAGUGGCCAAAUCCGAGUUACCAGAUGCUCCUCUCUAUCACGCUGUUGAUCAUAUUUCAAGCGUUUUGAAGUGUAUGAACCCUCCAAUGACAUCUGUUAAAUCAGCCUUAAUCAAUGCCGGAUAUAGAGUUUCUCAAUCGCAUGCCAAACCUAAUGCCCUGAAAACAGAUGCUCCAAUUGGUUUUAUUUAUGAUGUCAUGAAGGAAUGGAUCAAAACGAACCCUGUGAAACCCCAAAAGGAAGAUUCUAAAAAGACUCCAGGACAAGCAAUUUUAGAAAAGCCACAACAUCACACGGAUAUCAACUUUACUGUCAAUGAGAAGGCACUCACUACAAGAAAAUACACAGGUAUUGCUACCUUCUUACCCAACCCAGAAGAGAAUUGGGGCCCAGGCAAAAGAAACACCAUUCAUCAAUCUGUAAAGUCAUCUAAUGUGUCAUCUGAAAACACUAGGGACCAAGAUACAGCUGAUCACCUAUCUUCGGAGGCGACAACCCAACAACCUCAAACCAAGAAACCAAAACGCGAUUAA